CGGUCACGCGCAGAGACGCGGGGGCGCGCAGCAGCGGAGCACGAGCAGCGCGAUCACUCAGCAGCAGGAUUAUAAGGAAUCAUGAGCGUGGGAAAACUGGUGAUGUGUGUGUUAGCGCUGGCUGUGUGUGAGGCGUAUGUGUUUCAGGCUGGUCAGUCAACAGGUGAGGUGGACGACACUCCUCCACAGAUCAGAGAUUUCUCUGGCUCCUGUAAGGGCCGUUGUUUCGAGCUGAAGGAGGCGGAGCCACCCAGCUGCAGGUGUGAUAAUCUGUGCAAGACGUACCUGAGCUGCUGCUCCGACUUCGACGAGCAGUGCCUCAAGACAGCGGGAGGGUUCGAGUGUUCGCGGGAGCGCUGCGGUGAGAUCAGAAACGAGGAUUACGCCUGUCACUGUUCAGACGACUGUCUGCAGAGAGGAGACUGCUGUACCAACUACAGACCACUGUGCAAGGGAGACAGCUCCUGGCUGGAGGGUGACUGUGAGGAGAUUCAGAGUCCAGAAUGCCCUGCAGGGUUUGUACGUCCUCCUCUCAUCAUCCUGUCUCUGGACGGCUUCCGCUCCUCUUACAUGAAGAAAGGGAAGAGCGUCUUACCCAACCUCCACAAACUGAGAUCGUGUGGAACCCACGCCCCUCAUAUGAGGCCCAUGUACCCGUCCAAAACCUUCCCCAACCUCUACACGCUGGCCACGGGUUUGUAUCCCGAGUCUCACGGGAUCGUGUGUAACUCCAUGUACGACCCCGAGUUCAAAGCUCAUUUCAGACUGAGAGGACGAGAGAAGCUCGAUCACCGCUGGUGGGGUGGGCAGCCCAUUUGGAUCACAGCAGAGAAGCAGGGCGUGAAGGCUGGGACGUUCUUCUGGCCCUGGGUGAUUCCUUUGGAGCGGAGGAUCCUCACUAUCCUGCAGUGGCUGCACCUGCCUGAUGACGAGAGGCCGUAUGUCUACGCUGUUCACUCAGAGCAGCCGGAUACAUACGGACACAUCCUGGGUCCACUGAGCAAUGAGCUGGAUAACACUCUCAGGAAGAUCGAUAACAUCAUCGGUCAUCUGAUGAACGGCCUGAAACAGAUGAACCUCCAUCGCUGUGUGAACGUCAUCCUGGUGGGCGAUCACGGGAUGGAGGAGUCUCACUGUGAACGAACAGAGUAUUUGAGCUCUUACGGACUGGAUGUUGACGCUAUCACACUGAUCCCAGGAUCCUCUGGAAGAAUCGGCCCCAAAAACGCCAACACAUCAUAUGAUCCAAAGGAGAUUGUAUCUAAUUUAACAUGUAAGAUGCCCAAUCAGAAUUUGAUGUGUGUUGUGUGUGAGAGCAGAUCUCCGGCUACCUGCGGCUUCUUUGGAGAUCAUGGCUUUGACAACAAGAUCAGCAGCAUGCAGACGAUCUUUUUGGGAUUUGGACCGAGCUUCAAUUUCAAGACAGAAGUGCCUGUUUUUGAGAACAUUGAGCUGUAUAAUGUCAUGUGUGAUCUGCUGGGUUUGACUCCGGCUCUUAAUAACGGGACUCACGGCAGUCUAAACAGCGUCUUGAGGAGCCCCCCCUACACCCCCACACAGCCAGAGGAAGUGACAUCACCCACGCCUUUAGCCCCGCCCUCUGAGGUGACCCAUGACCUGGGCUGUAACUGUGACGAUGAGAACAACAUUGAAGAAAGUUCCCAGAGGUUUCCUUCCGCUGCCGACGGACUGUUGAACAACGUCACACACCUGCCGUUCGGCCGUCCAGCCGUUCUCUUCCAGACGUCUUACACACAGCUGUGUCACUCGGAUUACUGCAGCGGAUACAGUCACGUCAUCAACAUGCCACUGUGGAGCGCGUUCACUCUCACAGCACAGGUGGAGGUUCCAGCCGUGUCGUCCAGCGAGUGUGUGAGAGCAGACCCUCGACUCGAUCACACACACACAUGUAACUCGUACAGCCAGGAGCCAGACGUCACACACGCUUUCCUCUACCCACCGGAUUUCUCCAUUACGGCUGAAUCCAGAUAUGAGGCUUCACUCAUCACAAACACCGUUCCCAUGUAUCCCGCUUUCAAGAGGGUGUGGAGUUACCUGCAGAGGGAUGUCCUCAGGAGAUACAGUCAAGAGAAUAAUGUCAUAAAUGUGAUCAUGGGACCCAUAUUUGACCACGACCACGAUGGACUGAGAGACACAGAAGAGAAGAUCAAAGAGCACACACUGGGCUCCGUCUUCAUCCCCACUCACUUCUACAGCAUCAUCAGCAGCUGCGAGAAACUCAACGAGACGCUGGACGAGUGUGACGGAGAUCUGAGAGUCACCUGCUUCAUCCUGCCACACAGAGCAGACAACAGAGAGAGCUGCAACAGUUGGGAGGACGAGUCUCGCUGGGUGGAGGAUCUGCUGAAGUUACACACGGCUCGAGUGCGAGACGUGGAGCUGCUCACGGGGCUGGACUUCUACCGCUCCGCCGCGCUGCCGUACACGCGUGUGCUGGCGCUCAAAACACGCAUGCGCACCUUUGAGGACGACGUGUAACACUCACCGCACCCGACGCUUCCACUGUAUAGUUUUAUACACUGUGUCAUAUUUAUUAUUCACCUUCAAGCUAAUAAUGAAACCAUCUCACAGCUCACAACACACAACCGCAGUCCACUUCAGCUUCCAGCUUCACGUCUGUAAACGUGUUCACACCAUGACACAAUUACCGCAAUUACCAGACUUCCACAGAGAAAUGCACUCGCAUCCUUGAAAAACUCGUAAACUGUUUUAUUUGUACACUCACACUUGUGCAACAUUCUACAUGA